AUGAAGGCGCGGCACCCAGCGCGCCUGCGCGGCUCCCCCACCCCACCCCGCGCCCGGCUCCUCGAUCUUGCGCACGCGCGGAAGGGCGAUCCGCUGGCUCGGGCGUUCGCCCGUUCGCCCGCCGCUUCUCCGCGCACGCGCAGACGUGGCGCUCCGGAGCGAAGGGCCGCCGUGCCGCGGCUUGCAGUGCGCUGUGACGCACGCGCGGUGGCGCGAGGCGCCGCGGCUGCCGGCGGUGGGCUCGGCGGCGCAGGCGCGGUGGCGGGGAUCGGCGGGCCCGGCUGCCGGCGCUGCUGCCGCCGGGGAAGGCUGCGUGCCGGCGGCGGGCGCGGGGCUGCGCGCGGAGAGCGGCGCUCGUCGGGAAAGGUCGGGCGGGCGGGCGGCGGCAGCCGCGCUGGGAACGGGGUGCGAAGCGAGGUGCCACGCGACGCGGGCGGCUCCGACGUGCUCGGAUCCCGAGGAGGGGGCGAGCCGGGGGACUGCGCGGGGUGGCCGCCGAAGUUUGACGGCGCCGCCGGGUCCCCCGACGCCGGGGCGGCGGCGGGGCGCGGGGAGGGCGGCGGCCGCCCUUGA